AUGGUCAAGUACUUUACUAGCAAAAUUGACAUUAACAGCGUCUGGGACCAUGUCGUGUCGGCGUUUUGGCAGCGCUAUCCUAAUCCCUUCAGCACUCACGUUCUCACGGAGGAUGUCGUGUACCGCGAGGUGACCACAGACCACAGGCUUCUUUCGAGACGCUUGCUCACAAAGACAAACAGGCUUCCACGCUGGGCAGAGCGCUUCUUCCCUGCCGGAAUGUCACGCUCCGUGUACAUCAUCGAGGACUCCGUCGUGGACCCGGUCGGCCGGAGCCUCACAACCUAUACCUGGAACCUCAACCACACCACUCUCAUGUCAGUGGAGGAGCGAUGCGUUUUCCAAGAUGCAGCAGAACAACCGGGUGUCACCCAGCUGAAACGAGAGGCAUGGAUAUCCUCCAGCAUUUACGGAUUUUCCAGACCUAUCCAGGAGUUUGGAUUGGCCCGCUUUAAAAGCAACCAAGUGAAAGCCAUGAAAGGGCUGGAAUACGCAUUGUCCAACUUACAAGGAGAGACGCCCCAGCGGCUGCUCCGGGGUUCGGUGAUGGAGUGCCCCGACAAGACGAAAGGAGCCCACAAGAGUCUGGCCUCGAGCACUGCUUCUACCACGCAGAACCCUCCACAAUACGUCUGA